UGUCUGUGGCUAUUGCUGAUUAUGGCUGAUCGGGGGAAGUUGUGUCAGCAAACUCCACUUUAUUUUUAGUUUUGAAAAAAUAUUUAUCUAGCAACUAGUGUAAGUGUGUUUUCACGUGAUAAGUGCAACAGUAGUUGUUUAAUUAUAGUGCAAGUGUUCCAAUCGUGUUGUGUUAUAGUGCAUCGCGAUCUAUUAUUAGGUUUUUUUUAGUCUUGGAUUUCGCGUUAUGAUCAAUAUUUGAUUUGUAAGCAACCGUGGCGGUCGAUAUGGGGCAGAGUCCGAGUUCGAUGAGGAGUAAGAGCGGUCGGCAGCGCUCGUUCCGAGGGUUCGCUCGGCGGCACAAACUGAAUAAAUCCAGUUUGAGCCAUACGUUCAGUUUGCCGCCGUCGGAGGAGUACCCGGAGCUCAUGAACGUGAACACGGCCACGGAGGAGCAGCUGAUGACCCUGCCCGGGGUGAACCGGCAGCUCGCGCGCGCCAUAGUGCUGCACAGACAGAUGAUAGGCCGCUUCAAGCGCGUCGACGACCUUGCUUUAGUCUCAGGUAUAGGAGCUGAGAAAUUAGAGUUGCUUAGGCCAGAAAUUUCAAUUAGCAACCGCAAGCAAGUCUCAAGAGAGAGUUCCUGCUCUCAAUCGUUAGACAGUAUCCGAGGCUCAGUAGAAAGCAAGCUUUGUUCUGUUAAUUCUUCCAGUGUUUUCCAAUUGCAAUGCGUGCCCGGUUUGAACCAGGAGAUAGCAGCAAAUAUAGUAGACUAUCGGAACAAGAAGGGACCAUUCAAGUCGCUAGAUGACUUAAUAAAAGUCCGAGGCAUGGAUGUUGUGAGGCUGAGCACAGUAAAGCAACACUUAAGUCUAGAGCUAAGAAAAUGCGAAAGUCUACAGUAUCUGACGAACGGACAUAUAAAUGGUUGCGCAGAUGAAACAGUAGCUAAAUCACUUUUGAAUGGUGUCACCAGUACACCAAAGACACCUCAUAGAAAAAGCUUAUCGAUGCCGAAUAAAUUGCCUAUGACUUUACCAAACGGUUUUGCGACGGCACCUGUAAAUGAUAUCCUAGAUCUGCUGUCGGCAUAUUCCCACAGACCAAUUGUAGAAGAGGAGUUUAAAUACGAGCGGGACGGGAUCAAAUGCUGUAGGAUAGCUUCGUGGAAUUUACAUAAGCUUGAUGUAGAUAAGAUAACAAAUCCGGGUGUCAGAGAGGUCAUCUGCAGGACAAUAUUGGAAAACAAAUUGUCCCUCAUCGCAAUCCAAGACGUCCUAGACGUGGCGGCUCUGAAGAUCCUCAGCGAUGAGCUGAACUCACCCACGCUUCGCAGAGUUAAAGAAUGGAAGAGUAAUAGCCACAGAUGGGAGUACUGCAUAGCUGACCAGUUAGAUAGUAAAAAGUUGGGUUUCCUCUUCGAUUCAUCCAACAAAGGUAUAACGAUAGAGGAUAUACCCCUGGACCAAGUGUGCCUUCUGAGCGAAGCGAGCGAGAUCCGGCCGCUCGUCAGCGAGCUGGCAACGUUGCGGAGCGAGCGAUACGUCACUGAGCCACAAGCGUUCCUGCUCUCCGGCCGGCCUACAAUCAUCCUCAACGUGGUGUGCCACGACCGACUGUCCACCGAAGACGUGGCCCAUCUAGAGAGGGUCGUCAAGAUGGCCGACCUGUGCAGGCUGCCGCUGGCGAUGGCUGGCGAGUUCCGUUACUGGAGCAACGUGCAGACUCUCGAAUGCUGCGAGCCGCUCCUAGACGAGGGUCUAUCCACAACCAUAGACAACAAACACUCCGGCCAGACCUGCAUCCUCUGCCCAGGUACGAACAAGACCACCUUCAACGGUCACUCCGGGGCCAUAAAGUCCGGUCUUAGCCACCUCGCGAUUCCCCGCGGCUGGUCGUGGGGAGGCCCGGCCUCCCCGUAUUGCCCCGUGUGGGCGGAGAUAAAGGUCCCCGAUUGACAGAUGGACUCGAGGCUGAUCUACUGUGUACCCUCGGCG